AUGGUGGCGACGACAGACUGCGCAGAAAAGUCCAAACCCAUCGCUGGAAACAAGGUAUCCAAACCGCUCAUGGAAAAGAAGCGAAGAGCUCGCAUAAACAAGUGUUUGGACCAGUUAAAAUCUCUUCUGGAGAGCUAUUACAGCAGUAAUAUUAGAAAGCGCAAAUUGGAAAAGGCCGACAUCUUGGAGCUAACUGUGAAACACCUGAGGAACCUCCAAAAGAUCCAGAGCUGCGCUGCCGCUGCGUCCGAGUUCUCUGAUUAUCAGACUGGUUUCCGCAGUUGCCUCGCAAACGUCAACCAGUUUUUGCUGAUGGCAGACAACUUGAGCGGGAGCGACCGCUGGAUGUUAUCGCAGCUCUCCAGUAAAGUGUGCCGCUCUCGAGGACGAGAGGAAGUCUUCAGCACCACGGACAGCGGCCCCGCAGAGACACAGGCUCAGGUGCUCAGACUUCUCCCAUCGGCAGCUGGACGUGAGGAGAGAAAAAAUGCCACAUGUAAAGCUUUGAAACCACAUAGUGCAAGCACGUCUCCUUUUUCUGCGAGUGAAGACGCACAUCAGUCAUCUGGAAGUAAACAGGCUGUCCUUGUUGCGGCUCCCAUACAAAAUACUCCUGAAAAAAGUUCCAGUAACAAAAGGUUUCAAUGUGUUAAUCACAGGAAUGAAGUUGCAAACACCGAGCACAAUGUCUGGCGGCCUUGGUAA